AUGCACACCAGACAAGUAAGGCCAAAAUUACCAAAGAGGAGGCCAAUAAAACCAGGCAUCCCAGCCUGUUAUUUGCUUCAGACAGAAAAGAGUGAAGUUGAUGGAAAUUCAGCAGUCAGAAGAUGGACUUUUGGAGAGAGAGACAAGAGUAGAACUACUAAAACCAUCCUAAUGAUCGGAGAAACUGGUACUGGGAAAACUACUCUGAUCAACACCAUGGUCAACUUCAUGUUAGGGGUGGGAUGGGAGGACAUAGUUUGGUUUCAGAUCAUGGAGGAGGAUAAAAAGAAAUCCCAGGCAGAAUCUCAAACUUCUGCCAUCACAGUUUAUGAGCUCUUUCUGGAAACAAGUUCUUCAUGUCUGAGAAUUAUUGACACUCCAGGUUAUGGAGAUACUAGUUCAAAGGAGUUUGACGAGCAUAUUGCAGCAAACUUGGAGGUGUUGUUCAGCUCUGAAGAUGGCAUUCAUGAAAUUGAUGUUGUGGGCCUUGUGGUGAAAUCUACACAGAAUCGCCUUACUGAAUUUCAGAGUUACAUAUUGAAUGCCAUUCUCUCCGUGUUUGGGAAAGAUAUUAAGAAUAACAUAGCAGUGUUCAUCACACACUCAGAUGGCCUGCCUGCUGCCAACGUCAUCACUUCCCUCAAAGAAGCAGGAGUGCCUUGUGCCAAAGAUACCGGUGGGGAACCACUUCAUUUCAUGUUCAACAACCGACAAACUGACAGCCGCGAGGAAAACUUCAAGAGUGCAUGGGACUUGGGACAAAACAGUAUGAAAAGCUUUUUAAGUUUUCUGCAAGAUAUUGAUGUAAAACAGUUGAGGAUGACACAGGGGGUAUUGAGGGAGCGCAAAAGGCUGGAAGCAUGUGUCUACAACCUACAAGAUGCCAUCAAGAUGGAGGAGCUGAAACAGAAGGAGGUUCAGCAGACUCAAAGUGCCUUGGAGGAAAAUAGAAAGAAAUUGGAGAAAAAUGAAGACUUUACUUAUGAGAUUGAAAAGGCUUACAAAGCCAAAGUCCCAAUCCAGCCAUCUUGGUGGAAGAUAUCCAAAGAAGCAACCUGCUGCACCAUCUGUGAGGAGAACUGCCACUAUCCAGGCUGCUGGUUGGUGAAAGACCUCUCCUGGUGUAGCGUCAUGAAAGAUAACAGGUGCACUGUGUGUACCGGGAAGUGUCCUGUCUCUGCCCAUGUCAAAGAGAACAUGAUCUACGUGCCUAAAACCCAAAAAGUUACGGGGACCAGUGAAACACUGAAACGACAAUGUCAGGAUUUAGAAAAGUAUAAGGAAGACCUUCAAAAACAACUCAAUGAGUCAAUAGUUAAAAAGGCUGAUUUGUUGGAACAGGCAUAUCAAUGUAUUGUCAAUCUGGAGGAGAUUGCAUUAAAGGGGGGCUCCACCAUCAUUCAUCUUGACUUCCUGAUUGAGAAAAUGAAGGAGACAGGAGACAACGACAAGGUUCAGAAACUGGAGGAGCUCAACAAGGACAUUCAACCUUCAAAGAAAAAACGAUUGGCUCGCUGGGCAGUUUUGUAA